GUGUUGAGCAUGCGUCUCUUUCUCUAUAUAUAUACACGCAUACGUUAAUUCCAAAGUGAAACGAAGAGAUUAGAGGACUAGAGAGAAAAAGAGAGAGAAGAUCAUGGGAAUAGCAAGGAAGUCAGUUACUACCUUCGCCAUUUAUUUCAUCCUCUUCUUGAUUAUCUUUGAAGUGCCAGAGAUAUACGCGCAGGAUAGCGAGUGUCUGAAGCAAUACGGCGGUAAUGUGGGUUUCAAGUACUGUGCGCCACGGAUUUAUCCGUCGUUAUGUUAUCGGAACUGCCGUAAGAACAAGGCCGCCGAGGGAGGAAGAUGUCGUUCAGGGGAGGCAGGAGAUGGUGGUAUGACAUGUUUAUGCGACUACUGCAGCGACAAACCUUAAUUAAAUCAAUAUUUUACAUACUUUGUGUUGAUGUCCCUUUUGAUCACAAUUAGUAUGUUUAGUUCGGUCAAAGAGGGUCGAAGUUCUCUUCUAUUAUAUUGAUGUCGAAACACAAAAGACGGGCUACAACGCGACUUAAACGGGUUACAGAAAUAGACGAGGAUGGUAGACGAGCUGAUAUCUCGUCGAUUCUCCGA